AUGUCCUUGGCCGGCUUGCAGAUGGGAGCCCUGCUCUUCGUGCGGAAGUCCAGUGAAGUGGAGGUGUCAGUUUGGUUUGUCGCUGCCUUCCCUUCUUUCCUUGCAGUGGCCGUGGCAGCACGCCUCAUGAAUCUGCUCUGCAAGAAACAGCUGGCUCAUGCAUGUUUGGAGCACAGCUUGGUGUUGACAAAGCCGCUGGAUUCCUCUCUCUUGGACCUUGCGCUGCUUAUCAUGCUGAUGCUGUAUCUCUUGGCCGUGCUGGUCCUUGUCAGCUCGAGCUUGCAGGGUCUUGCCGUGGCCCUGGUUGCGCUGGGAGGCUCUGCCUGGGCACUGCUGAAGUCCAUCCAGGCCGUGAAGGAGUUGGACGAGAAGCUGAACCUCUUGGAGGUGCAGGCCGACCAUUUUGCAAAGACGGAGGCCCCCGACCUGAAGCUGAUACCUUGGAAAACCGCGGUGCUGGCCGGUCGCAGUCGCGCGGACUUGUCGAAGGCCCUCUGCGAUCCCCCGUCCGAGGACGGCCGGAAUGGAGACCUGAGGCUUUCGGACGUGUUGUGGCAUGGAAGGGCCAUUUAUCACCUCACCGGCUCCCAUGCGGGUUUCCUGGCUCUUCCGAGUCUCCUGGCUCUGGUUGCAGCUUCUUUGGUCAUCUCGGCUGGACAGAUGGCUGCCUAUGCCUGCUCCUGUGGUGAGCUGUCAGAUUUGCAGUUGGCCAGCUCCCUGCACACCAUCCACUUUGCGCCACACCAGGACAAAUACGAGAUCCUGCUCGACACGUCCUUUCGGCAGGUGGCCGUGGUGGCCUCAUCGCAGGCAUCCAGCACUCGAUGGAUCAACUUCAAGCAGCCCGUGGCGUCAGAAGACAACCCGCGGCAAGUGUUUGUCGGCGAAGGCUCCAGCUCCCCUGUGGUAGAGAUGCAUCUCGACCAGCGCCACGUCCCUCGUGUGGCACGCGUGGACGUGCAGGGCUUGAGACCAUCCCUGGAUCCCACGUCCUACCAGGUCCGCUUCACUCCGCUGACCACGGUGCCCACGUCAGUGGAAAUUGAGUCUGGGGAGUUCAAGCGGAACGUGGCCUGGUCGACCCUUCCGGGGUCCACCGUCAGCGUGCCAGAAGGCUUGUAUAACUUCGACGUGUCCGUGAGCCUCUCAGACUUCUUUUUGGAUUUCCCCGUCCAAGCAGGGGAUGAGGGCGAGCGAAUGUUGUGGACGGACUUCAAGCGGGCUGAUGGGAACAGCACAUACUGCUCCACCAAGUGCCAGCACAGCCCCACCUGUUUCGACUUCUUCUUCAGCGACUUCGGUUGCUUCUUCAUCAGGGGCAACCUGACGAAGCCGGCGGCAUCCGGGCCUCCGCCGUCGGCUGUCCACCGCAAGCUGUCUGGGCACCUCUUUGGCUGUCGAGACACCGGCACUGGCCAGGGCGAGUGUCCCAGGACGGACCUCUCCGAGGGAAGGCUCCGGUUCCGUGGUGUGAAGCCCGACUGGCGCGGCAGAGCUGCGACCCUGAGCUUCUCGCUGGUCCUGGAGGUUGGGGAGCAGAUCUUCCAGUCGGAGGCCGGCUCCAUCCAGCUGCACCGUGGCUUACCGGAUGCCAAUGAUGUCCUUGGCCUUGUGCUGGGAGAAUCGGCAGAUGGCAACGUCACACUGCUGGAGGGCAACUUCUCUGCCGACCGCCAGGGCAAUAUUGUCGUCAACGUUGCACCAUAUCAGCCUACAAAGUUUAUGAAGCUUCAGCUUGUCGUGAUGCCUCUGCUUCCUGAUCAUGCUUUCCAAGUGGUUUGGGGAGUUGGACACCACGCCAGCGAAGAAGCCGUAGCGCGCAUUGCCGCUGGGACACGCUGCCAUCGGAGUGCUUUUCUGCAGGAGCGCUACAAUAUUUGUGGCGCGAAGGGUGCGAUCCCAGACCGCCCUGUUGCCGUAUUCUUGGAUCCCUGGACUGGGCGAUUCGAAGAGCCUGCCAGCUUCACCGCGUUUGCAAAGCCGCAGGUUGCCUGGCCUCAAAGGGCAGUUUCAGACUUACGCUUCGUCAAUCUGGGUUUUCAAGGCCUGGACAGUCCCGCUGCCUGGGCAGCACAGACUCGUGGACUGCGUCUGCUGGAUGAGGGGGAUGUGACCAAGGAGGCCGUUUUCCGGUCAGCCGACGCCAUAUGUGAGCUAUUGAGAGUCGGCCAUGGGAACAGCACCCUCUGCUCGGAAGUGCAGCAACGCGGGCUGACUAAACGUAACACGGGUUUUCUGCCGCUCCUCUCGCCAGAAGGCGUUGUGAAGACCUUGUCCUGCUUGCACAGCGUGGGCCAGUACUGCAAGAUCAACAACACGUGGUACUACUCUGGGAAUCGGCCAGGCGUGCUUGAUUUGGCAGGUCAUGAAGCUAAGGUUGGGCUCAGCACCUUGGCGAAACAGCUGGUGUCUCAGGCCAACGACUACUCGAAGGCCUUCAUGCGAACUCUGCAGGUCAAGUUAGUCAACUCGAAUCUUCGAUCCUUCGAGUCUCGGCUUGCAGAGGAAGUCUGGCGGCUCCCCGAGCUGAAGAAGCUGCCCAGGCUGGUUGGCAUGCUGGCAGCUUGGAGCAAUUCCAUGCCGCCGAUCUUACUGCAUCAGUUUGUCCUAUCAGGGAGAAUGGAACUGACGGAUCCGAGGGCCAUGAACUUGACACUGUUGGGGCCAGCCUUUGCAUCGCUUAAGGAUAUUCGCUUCAGAUUAACUGCCGCAUCCCAGUUGGAUUUAGUGGCAGUUGCGAUGCAGGCUGCCAGCGGGCUGCAGAGCAUCUUGAUCGACUGCAUGCGAUGCCCAAAAUAUCACAAAACACCCUUGAAGCAGCAUUGGGCCAAGCUUUCACAUCAAUUGUCUGGCGUGCGACGGCUGAGUGUGAUGUUUUUCAUCAUUCCGGAAUGGCCCACAGAGCUCUUCAGCUCUGAGACAAGAAUGGAAUACUUGUCAAUCGAGUAUGAUGAGAUGCAGCGGCUGCCGGUGCAGCUGCCCAGGACUUUGCAGCACCUGAAGAACUUGUCUCUUUGCCACAACAGCCUGUCUGAUCUGCCCGAGGGGCUUUUCCGGCAGGUUGCAGGACUGGAAACAUUGGCUUUGUCUCACAACAGAUUGAACUUUCUCCCUGAGAAGACCUUCCAGAAUCUCUCCAGGCUGAAGCACCUGAAUCUCGGCGCCAACCUUCUUUCUGCGCUGCCCGUCAAGAUUUUCCAAAACCUUUCGGCUCUGCAGACACUGUUCCUCGACAAGAACAAGUUGCCCGAAGCAGAGAUGUUGAUGCUCCAGAAACACCUGGGAAGGUCAACAGAGAAUGGCGGCAGUCUUGGCGAUGGCGGCAUGAUCUGUGACAGAUUUGACUUGCGCUUGGUGUGUCAGCAUGUGGAAGCAGGUCGAAGCGGAGUCUACCAAGUCGGUGGUCGAGAUGCCCGAAAGCUCAGCCAGCUUCGAUAUGAGCUCCCUGGCCUUACAGCACAGGGAACCGAAACAAGACGUUAUGGGCAUCUGCCAAGGGACAUCAACCAUCCGUUCGGAAUCCUGACCGAUGCCUUCAUUGUGAGAGAUGCCCAGUUGGAAGCUGGGACUUUUAACAAAGAAGAGAUCCCCGAAUUCUUGGCGGAUCCGGUGAACAGUUCCUUCGUAGCCAUCUAUGUGAAGCCCGUCUUCGAGAACAGCUUGCAGGGGAAACAAGCGAAGCUUUGUGCCAUCGAGCAGUUUGGCAUCGGAUUUCUAUCGUUGCCUUUCCACAUCAUGUUCAAGGGUGUUCCCGCGGUGGUUCUUGAGUACCCAAGACACCACCAGGCAACUUCCUUCGAAACCGACCUGACCACCGAAAAAGAACUGAAAGCCCUUGACCAGCUGGCAUCACGGCUACCUGUCGCUCUCUCGCAGAAAUGGUUAGAUGCGCAGCGACGGUGCCCAGACAAAGUGCUGGAGCUCCUGGCGUGGACAGUUAUCACGCUUUUCCUCGUGCUGUUUGCCGUCGUCAUUCAGGCCAUGCUCGGUGCGCAGAGCGUCGCAGACCCACAGGUCAAGACGCCGAUGCAGAACUUUAAGCAAAGCUACAGCUGCCCGGUUGGACCUACAAAAGCCUCGUGUUAUACCGAUGUCAUCCUUUUAAGAAUGACUGUGUACCUCCUGGCCGUGCUGGUCCUGGUCAGUUCCAGCCUACAGGGCCUGGUCGUUGCGCUGGUGGCGCUGGCCGGCUCAGCCUGGGCGCUGCUGAAAUCCAUCCAGGCCGCCAAGGAGCUGGACCAGAAGCUGAACUUCUUGGAGGUGAACGCUGACCAUUUUGCACAAACAGAGGCCCCCGACCUGAAGCUGAUACCUUGGAACACCGCGGUGCUGGCCGGUCGCAGUCGCGCAGACUUGUCGAAGGCCCUCCGGGAUCCCUCGUCCGAGGACGGCCGGAAUGGAGACCUGAGGCUUUCGGAUGUGUUGUGGCAUGGAAGGGCCAUUUAUCACCUCACCGGCUCACGUGCGGGUUUCCUGGCUCUUCCGAGUCUCCUGGCUCUGGUUGCAGCUUCUUUGGUUAUUUCGGCUGGACAGAUGGCUGCCUAUGCCUGCUCCUGUGGUGAGCUGUCAGAUUUGCAGUUGGCCAGCUCCCUGCACAGCAUCCACUUCGCGCCACACCAGGACAAAUACGAGAUUCUGCUCGACACGUCUUUUCGGCAGGUGGCCGUGGUGGCCUCAUCGCAGGCAUCCACCACCCGAUGGAUCAACUUCACGCAGCCCUUGGCAUCAAAAGACACCCCUCGGCAUGUGCUGGUUGGCGAAGGCUCCAGCGCCCCUGUGGCCGAGAUCCAUCUCGAUCAGCGCCACGUUCCUCGUGUGGCGCAUGUGGAUGUACAGGGCUUGAGACCAUCCCUGGAUCCCACACCCUACCAGGUCCGGUUCACUCCGCUGACCACGGUGCCCACGUCAGUGGAAAUCGAGUCCAGCGAUUUCAAGCGGAAAGUGGCCUGGUCGACCCUUCCGGGGUCCACCAUCAGCGUGCCAGAAGGCACGGCGGGCUUGGACAACUUCGACGUGUCCGUGGGCCUCUCGGACUUCUUUUUGGACUUCCCCGUCCAAGAAAAUGACGAAGGCGAGCGAAUGUUGUGGACGGACUUCAAGCGGGCUGAUGCGAACAGCACAUACUGCUCCACCAAGUGCCAGCACAGCCCCACCUGCUUCGACUACUUCUUCAGCGACUUCGGCUGCUUCUUCAUCCGGGGCAACCUGACUAAACCGGCAACAUCUGGGCCUGCGCCGUCAGCUGUCCAGCGCAAGCUGUCUGGGCACCUCUUUGGUUGUCGAGACACUGGCACUGGCCAGGGCGAGUGUCCCAGGACGGACCUCUCCGAGGGAAGGCUCCGGUUCCGCGGC